CACCUCCAGGAUUUCAGAGGGGAUGAAGGGGAAGCAAAUUAUGGGAUACAAAGAGUAGCUGGAGGACAGAGAAAGGACCAAAGGACUUUUUUUUAUCCCUAGAAAGAAGGAGGAGUUAAGUUUUCGUUCUGAAAACACAUGCAAUCCAGCGUGCCUGGUGAGAAAAGCUCAAGUGAGACGUGUUCUUGUCUGAGGAAUUUCAUGAGUGUAUCUCAAGUAGGAAUAGUCAGAACUUCCAGACUAAACUCAGUUUCUUAGAGAAACAAAGCAGCAGGGCUGCUCAAAUUUCCAAACAUGCAGCCAUUCACUUUGUUCGGUGCAUUUUAUAUCCUGCACAUCUUCUCCAGCAGCACAGAAGCUUAUAGACACCAUCGACAAGUCCUUACUGGAACCCAGCCAGGAGUGUGUCGCUAUGGAAGGAGACUUGAGUGCUGCUAUGGCUGGAUGAAAAACACUAAAGGGCAGUGUGAGGCUCAGUGCGAGCACGGCUGCAAGCAUGGAGAGUGUGUUGGCCCCAACAAAUGCAAAUGUUUCCCUGGAUACACCGGAAAAACGUGUAAUCAAGAUCUGAAUGAGUGCGGCCUAAAACCUCGUCCAUGUGAGCAUCGCUGCAUGAACACUCAUGGCAGUUACAAAUGCUACUGUCUAAAUGGAUACAUGCUAAUGUCUGAUGGAUCAUGUGCCAAUUCCAGGACGUGCUCUCUUGCUCACUGUCAGUAUGGAUGUGAGGAAGUAGAGGGGGAGAUUCGCUGUCUCUGUCCAUCUGCAGGCCUUCAACUUGGCCAAGAUGAGAGAACAUGUGUGGAUAUUGAUGAAUGCCUAACUGGGAAGAACCUCUGCCCAUUCAACAGACAAUGUGUGAACACUUUUGGCAGCUACUACUGCAAGUGCCAGGUUGGCUUUGAUCUGAAAUACGUCAGCGGCAAAUAUGACUGUGUAGAUCUCGAUGAGUGUGCAGAUGAAACCCAUAAGUGCAGCCACCAUGCCAUCUGUCUGAACACUCAUGGAUCCUACAGGUGCCGGUGCAAACCUGGCUUCAGAGGCAAUGGCUUUGAAUGCUCUGCUAAGCCCUUUUAUCAGAGGUCAUGGGAUGGAGACAAAGGCAGUGCAGAUGAUUCCCUCAAUGCCAUCCCAGACUCCCAGGUGAGGCCAGAGAUUCUGGGAGGUAAGUUUAGCAACGAGGACAUAAAAAAUGCCAUCUCCGAAGAAACAGUCACAACACCACCCCCUAAGGUCCUCCAUCAACCUUUCGACUAUGAUGGAGAGGUCUAUGUUGGGACCCCAACAGAGGAAAAGCAAGGGGAAUUUCCUGAGGAGAAAAACGAGGAGGAAGAAGAGGAAGAAAACCAGCUCAAUCCAAGAGGAGAUGUUUUCAUCUCAGAGGACUUUGAUUCAGUGUUCGGCCCAGGUACAGAAGUCAAAGAAAUCCACAUUGAACCACCUCAGGAAGAAUAUAUCCUGGACUGCAACUUCGAUCAGGGAGCCUGUGAAUGGGUCCAAGACAAGUCUGAUGACAUGGACUGGACUGUGGCAUACCAUGAAAAUGGCAGUGAGUACUACAUGGCUUUGAGUGGGCUGCUAGGUGGCAGAGAAGACGUGGCAAAGCUGAAAUUGCUUCUGAGUGACCGGGCCCAAUAUGGAAGCUUCUGCCUCACCUUUGACUACCGUGUGGUUGGUCAUGACAUGGGCUCGCUUAGGGUGCUACUGGACAACAAUGCUUACCCUGUGUGGGAGCAGAGCCAAAGUAAAAACCAGGGCUGGCAGACAGAACUCCUCACCGUGGCCUGGAAGGAGGAGGCCCCACAGUCUAUCAUCUUUGAAGCUCAGCGUGGGAAAGGCAUUGGAGGUGAAAUAGGGUUGGAUAAUGUUGUGUUGACCUCAGGGCCCUGUCAAGAAGAUGUAGGUCCAAUCUUUUAGGAAUCAAACAUCAACGGUUCGUUUUCAUCAAUUACCUGCACACUCAGAUUAUGUACAAAAGGUGGAUGCAAGUUUGCUUUCACACAAUGCUGGUACAUUGAUCUGCUACAUUCUUUAUUUUGAGUUAAUAACUAGUCUAAAUAAAAUACAGAUGAUCCAUAUCUCAGGAACAGAUGGUAGAGCUAACUCCUUCCGUUUGAUUGAACAGUAUUUUGCCUAGCUUGUGUUGUGUAUGUGACAGUACAUUGGUGAAGUAAACUACAUAAAAUAAAACAUGUAAUGUGAAUCAAAUGGUAGAUGACUUAAGUGUUUGAAGGCUGUUUUGUUAAAAUAAUAAGGUAUCAGUGCAUAUAUGUUGCAACAUUUGUAUUGAAAUUGUUGUGUAUGGUUACAAUAAACAUGUCUUUUCUAACAUUGGAAUAGAUUAUUCCUUUUAGUAAAUAUGGAGCCAUAUGGACAACAUUAUUAGGAAGCUGAAAUAACUUUAUACCAUUUCUGUACAAAUACUUGUAAAUUAAAAGUUUUAAAAUGUUAA